AUGUCUAAAAAAGUAGUUAGUAAAAUCAACAAGAGAGAAAUUGAAAUCGAUCAAGAUGAAGAAGAUAGUGAAACAGACAUCGGACCAAGUUUACCCACUGCCGCCGAAAUUACGGCAAGAAAGAAAAGGAAAGAUGGUCAUUUAAAAUUUUGGAAAAAGAGUGAUAGAGGAAUUGAAUUUGUUAAACAUUUUAGAGCACAUAUUGGAAAUAUUAUUGGUAUUAGUGCAUCUGCUGAUGGUUUAUUAUUGGCCACAAUUGCUGUUGACAAGGCAUUAAAAGUAUUUGAUGUUAUUAAUUUUGAUAUGAUCAACAUGAUGAAAUUGGACUACGUACCGAAUAGUGUUUGUUGGGUUCAUAAACGUGGUCAAGCACAAUCUUUAGUUGCAUGUUCUGAUCAAAGUUCUAGUACCAUUUAUAUUUAUGACGGUCGAGGUACUGAAACUCCAUUACAUACGAUAUCAAACAUGCAUUCUCAUCCAGUUCAUUUAAUGGCUUAUAAUGAAAAAUAUCAUUGUGUAGUUUCAGCGGAUACAUCUGGAAUGGUAGAAUAUUGGGAACCAGAAGAACAAUUUGAAUUACCUAAAACUAUUUCAUUCGAAUAUAAAUCUGAAACGGAUUUAUAUGAAUUCAAAAAAGCUAAAACCAUUCCAACUUCUUUGACAUUUUCUUCAGAUUAUACUCAUUUUGUUACAAUGAGCAUCGGUGAUCGUCAAAUUCGCAUUUUUAAAUUUGCGAAAGGAAAAAUGAUUCGAAAGUAUGAUGAAUCAUUAACGGUUAUAGGCGAGAUGCAACAGGCAGGUACUGCUAUAUACAAAUUGGAUGAUAUGGAAUUUGGACGUCGUCUUGCUGCGGAGCGUGAAUUGGAAAAGACACAACAAGCCAAUACUAUGAAUGCAGUAUUUGAUGAAAGUGGUAAUUUCGUUAUUUACGCCACCAUGUUGGGUAUUAAAGCGACAAGAUUAAUUGGUAAAACCGAACCACAUCGAUUUUUAAAUUUGUCAUUAUAUCAAGGUGCACCGAUGAAAAAAGGCAUGAUUACAAUGGCAUUGGCAGCUUCUGAAAAUCCAUUGAUGAAAGAAAGUGAGUCUCGUGAUCCAACAUUAUUUUGUACGGCUUUCAAAAGAAAUAGAUUUUUCAUGUUUACGACUCGUGAACCAGAUGCGCAUGAAUCUCAUAAGGGAGAUCGAGAUGUUUAUAAUGAGAAACCAUCACGUGAAGAACAAACAGUUGCAUCUGCUACACCCACCAAACAAAAAUUAGGAAAUACCGCAAUUAUACGUACAACAGCAGGAGAUAUUCAUAUAAGAAUGUUUCCUGAAUAUGCACCCAAAGCUGUUGAGAAUUUUGUUACACAUUCCAAAAAUUCUUAUUACAAUAAUGUGAUAUUUCAUCGUGUUAUAAAAGGUUUUAUGAUUCAAACUGGUGAUCCUUUAGGAGGAGAAUCAAUUUGGGGAGCAGAAUUUGAAGAUGAAUUUCAUAAGGAUCUUAAACAUGAUAGACCAUAUACUGUAAGUAUGGCUAACGCAGGACCUAAUACCAAUGGAUCACAAUUCUUUAUAACAGUUGUUCCGACGCCAUGGCUUAAUAAUAAACAUACAAUAUUCGGGAGAGCCAUAGCAGGAAUGGAUGUAAUUCAUACUAUAGAAAAUGCUAAAACUGAUAAAAUGGAUAAACCAUAUGAAGAUAUAAAAGUAAUUAAUAUUGAAAUUCGUUAA